AAGCAGCUCGUAGAAAAUGACGCGAAACGAAAUUGGAAUUGAGAUUGAAAUGCUUCUAAAGCCCUAACCUUUUCGUCCUUCUCAGUUUCUUACUCGAAGAAACAAAGCAAUUGCAAGUAGAGAUUGAUAAUACAAGAAAAUGGCGAUACUUCAACUUCAACUGUCGAACCCAAAUGUAUCGUCUCCUUCAUUGUCCACUUCACUUCACCAAAAGUUAUAUAAAUCCCAGAGGACUGGGCGAGGUAGUAUGUGGAAACGACACCGUUGUGGUUCUGGAAACGUAAGCUGUUCAUUUGCCCCAAUGGAGUCUGCCAAGAUAAAGGUGGUGGGUGUUGGUGGGGGUGGCAACAAUGCCGUUAAUCGUAUGAUUGGCAGCGGUUUGCAGGGUGUUGAUUUCUAUGCCAUAAACACUGAUGCUCAAGCGCUAGUACAGUCUGCUGCUCAGAACCCACUUCAAAUUGGAGAGCUUUUGACUCGUGGACUAGGUACCGGUGGUAAUCCUCUUUUGGGAGAGCAGGCUGCAGAGGAAUCAAAAGAAGCAAUUGCAAAUGCUCUCAAGGGGUCUGAUCUUGUUUUUAUAACAGCUGGUAUGGGUGGUGGCACAGGAUCUGGUGCUGCCCCAGUUGUAGCUCAGAUAUCAAAGGAGGCAGGGUAUUUGACUGUUGGUGUAGUUACCUAUCCUUUCAGUUUUGAGGGACGUAAGAGAUCCCUGCAGGCUCUAGAGGCUAUUGAAAAGUUACAAAAAAAUGUUGAUACUCUAAUAGUAAUACCCAAUGACCGCCUGCUUGAUAUUGCUGAUGAGCAGACACCCCUUCAGGAUGCUUUCCUUCUUGCUGAUGAUGUACUACGCCAAGGGGUGCAAGGAAUUUCAGAUAUCAUUACGAUACCUGGAUUGGUUAAUGUGGAUUUUGCAGAUGUAAAAGCUGUGAUGAAAGAUUCUGGGACGGCGAUGCUUGGAGUUGGAGUUUCCUCCAGCAAAAAUCGUGCUGAAGAAGCAGCUGAACAAGCAACCUUGGCACCAUUGAUCGGAUCAUCAAUUCAGUCAGCUACCGGAGUUGUUUAUAAUAUUACUGGAGGAAAAGACAUAACAUUGCAAGAAGUGAACAGAGUAUCACAGGUUGUAACAAGUUUAGCUGAUCCAUCUGCCAAUAUAAUUUUUGGGGCUGUUGUUGAUGAUCGCUACAAUGGAGAGAUUCACGUGACCAUUAUUGCAACUGGCUUCUCACAGUCAUUUCAGAAGACACUCCUGACAGAUCCCAAAGCUGCAACAUUGCUAGACAAAAUGGCAGGGAACCAAGAAGGCAAGGGACUUCCACUCCCUCUGAAAUCCUCAACCAUGCCUUCCACUGUUCCUUCUAGACCAGCCACAAGAAGGCUUUUCUUCUGAUUUAUAGGUUUCCCCAUUUUUUUUAUAGUUCUAUUUUUUGUUUCUAUUUUGGUAGCGAAAGAGAAGGGGAGAAUUGGUUUCUCCUAUGCAAUUCACCCUCGUAUUUGAUUUUGAAGCUCAAUUAUAUCCCUGGUUGUUUCUGGAAACUUACGCAUUUCAUUUUGCCCACUAUCAUUAGUUCAUUAGUAAUACCAUGACUGAAAAAUAAUAAUCCUGGUGAUUUAACGGUAAGAUAUUGUAAAUGGAUCUUGAUUUGGGUUGGAAUUUUCUCAUUUUGAUCA